CGCGCCCAGAUGAACACAGUGAUCAGAGAUCAUCGGUAGGCGGUUACUGAAGUCAGUGGUACGACGGUGAUUUGGGAAAUUGGUCUUCUCAUCCCGGUCUUUUAUAUAAUUGGGGUCGUGAUACAUGCUAUUUGUCUUGUUUUUCUUGAUUUCUUCUUUGUGGAAAGCAGACAUUGGUGUGAAAGUCGGAAAUACGCCGGGAGGAACAGGUCGCGACGUACCUGCGUUGAGUCAACUCCCCCUUAUCAGCAUAGAUGUGUUCGAGUGUUUCGUGUGAUGAAAUUAUGAUGUGACGAAGAGAACUUUCGCUUUGUUUGUUUGUAGCGUUGGUUUAAAGAUGUUACGAUUAGAGGACGUAGCAAACAUAGCCCUAAGGGUUCCAAGUAUCUUCGCAUUGGAUAUUUUGUACAAAUGCGACAUUGAGAGCUUCACAGAUCAUCUCAGGGCGAGGAGUGAAGACAUGCUCUUCAAAUACAAAUAUGUUAUUUGGAACAUGUAUUACCUAGGUCACGUGGUUAGCAUAGUGGUCUUGAUGUUGCCUCUUGGACACAUUGUCCAGCUCUAUUUACAUGUGCUCACUGCUCUCCUGUUGUACAUGGGGCAUCAGAUCUCAAGGGAUUAUGUACAUGGAGAGAUUCACCAUGGAUAUGAGGGCCCACUUUAUCUGGAUUCUGGGGCUCUGAACCGGUUUGUGACUGCUCUCACGAGUCAAAUCAUUGUGACCACACUAUGUGCGUUUCUCAUGCGAACCCGGUGUGUUUGGCUGUUUUCGGCUCACCUGCUACCCAUGUUGGGACGUUUGUGUUCUGCCUCUCACAUUACCCUUCUCUCUCUGACCUCUAUCUCCAUGUUGAUAAUGGGGGCAGAAGUGGUUGUCUUCCUCCUCACAAACCUUUUUGUUCCAUACAGACUGGCUAGAGCAGCCUACAGAGAGAUUCUGCAAAUACAGGUGAUGGAGUUAUACAGGCUGCUGGCAGUUGGGGUGUCUCUGUGGCAUAGCUUUGCGGUACCACUCUUGUUCAGUUCUUUCUGGGUUGUCCUGUUUGGAGUUCAGUUGAUCUCCAAUGCUGGCAAUACAAUAGCCAGCCAGCAGGGAGUGCUGCUGUACCUGCUCACUAGUGUGUCAGAGUGCUGCGCUAGUCCGUACUCUCUGCUGGGCUUGACCUUUGUGGUGUCUUACAUGGCUUUGGGGCUCAUGAAUCUCUGCAAGUUCUUCCUGGGAGGAUACACAGCUCUGCAGAAUCACAAUGUCAUGCACAGGGGUGUGACAGAGGGGGUUACACUGCUCCUUCUGGCACUCCAGACAGGGUUACUGGACAUGGCAGCGAUGCAACGUUGCUUCCUCCUCUUCAUCAUUCUCUUCAUCGUACUCACCUCCACACUGCAAAGCAUGAGUGAAAUCACCGAGCCCAUAUUGCUAGGUCUUGGGGCCAGCAGAAACAAGAGCGUGUGGAAGCACGUCAGAGGAUUGAGCAUGUGCGUGUUUCUGCUGCUUUUUCCGGGCUUCAUGGCCUUUAAAAUCUCUCAGUUCUUCCACAUGGAUUUCUGGCUCCUUAUUCUGGUCUCAAGCUGCAUGCUCACUUCACUUCAGGUCACAGGUACUCUGCUGAUAUACUCUCUAUUCAUGGUGGAAGUGUGGCGAGGUACGGCACUGCCCGGCCUGGAUGAGGUGGUGUACUAUGUGAACGGAGCCUGCCGGGCAUUGGAGUUCAUGGUGGCGUUGUGUGUAGUGGCAUAUGGGGCUUGGGAGUCUCUGUGGGGAGAAUGGAGCUGGAUGGGGGCUUCUGUUAUCAUCAUCCACUCGUACUGUAACGUAUGGCUGCGCGCCCAAGCUGGCUGGAAGAGCUUCCUGCUUAGACAGGAAGCAGCCCGCAAGAUUAACUCACUCAUGCGAGCCAGCGCUCAACAGCUGCACAGCCACAAUGAUGUCUGUGCCAUCUGCUUCCAGGAGAUGACAUCAGCAGUUAUAACGUAUUGUGGCCAUUUCUUCCAUGGAAGCUGUUUGAGAAAAUGGCUCUAUGUGCAGGAAACAUGCCCAAUGUGCCAUGCACCAAUUAAACCGACUGCACCGGCUCAGCCUGCAGCAGCAGGUGAUGAAGUGGCAACUCCUGCCGCACCGGAGGCUCACCCUGACCACGGUGAAAACCAAGAGGAAGAGGAGCAGAGGUUGCCCGAAGAUGGUGUUGACCCAGGCGACAGGAAUUGCACCGACUCAGAGGGGACCUGUGAUGAGUCUAGCAUGGAGACCAAUAAGGGGCGUGUACAGGGUUUGCGCUUCAGUGCCAAUGGAGACUUUGUGGGUAUGGCUAGUCCCACAGCCAGCUGCCCAUCAGAGGGAAGCCCCUCCCCCUCUGAGGCAUGGGAGAGUGUGCCUGGACCACACUGCUCUACCCAGGAUAAUGAGGCAGAUAUGGAUACAGAUAGUGAGGACUUUGAGAGAACAGAACAAGUGGAAUGCUCCCAGAGCAACGACUCUGAUUCUGACACUGACAUUCACAGUGACCCACUCACAGAGACCGCAGAGCGGAACUCCGUGGGAGAGUGACUAUGAACGAGAACAUGGAGGAGGAGACAAUCUAAACUAAACUAAGGAGACAAACUAAAUCAUGCAGGGCUGGCUUUCGGGAUAGGCUUGUGGGCAUAGCACGUGAUCUAUGUGAGGUGUGACAAACGGCGUGACUCCCCUCACUAUGUGCUUUAACACAGUGUCCUCAGAGCACGAUGUCAGUAUAAUGUGCCACCCCCCCCCCAAAAAAAAAACUUUAAAAAAAUAUGGAGAUUGUAUAAAGACAUAAUACCAAAUGAUAAUUAUCUCGAAAUGUUACGUUUUCAUUCGAUGAAAACAAGCUGAAGUCAUGUACGAGUCUCAAACCAUGCAAUAUAUGAGACAGGGUUAAUUAAGAAAGGGAUGAUCGCUGUAGUGGCUCCCUGUAAUAAAACAGGAACUUUUUCUCAGAAAAUGCUCACAUUUUUUUUUUUUUAGUUUUGUCACAAGAGGGCUGUAAAAAGCCAGGCCAUGUCCUUGCUCUCAAACUGACCAUUUUGUGGUUGUUGAUGCCGCAUUGUGUUUUUGUUGCUGCUGCAGAUCAGAUUAGCUUGAUGCUAAAUGUUGUUGUGUAAAGGCUUUUCUAUGAAGCACAAACA